AUGGAGCAACAAAAUAAAGGACCCACCAUUCUCGGUGUGAUGUGGGCAACCACAUCUACCGCAUUGGUAUUUGUAGUUGCAAGGGUAUAUACACGAGGAAAGAUUUUGAAAAAAAUGGGAUUGGAUGACUACUUAAUUGGCCUGUCCAUGAUAUUGGGACUGAUCUUUGUCGGCCUGACUACCUCUGCGGUGCGCUACGGCAAUGGCCGACAUUCUGAGACACUGACACGCGAUCAAUUUGAGAAGGCUGCCAUGCUCAAUACGGCGGGAUUUGCGCCGGGAAUCCUGUCAUUCACCGUCCCCAAACUAGGCGUUGUAGCUCUUCUCAUCCGCCUUUUCAAUCCAUCACGACCGAGGAAAAUCUUCUUAUGGUCAUUUGUAGGAGGGAGUUGCAUGAUCAUUUCGGGGUGCAUUGUCAUAAUUUAUGCGCAAUGUUCUCCAACCAGAGCCUUGUGGACCGUAAACUUGAACAGCGCACGAUGUUGGAGUCCGUGGAUUCUUGUCAACUACUCACUUUUUGCAGGAGCACUGUCGGCUUUCUUAGACUUAUUCCUAGCGGUAUACCCUGGUGUUAUCAUGUGGAAGUUGCAAAUCGCACAGAGGAAGAAGAUUGGCUUGAUUACCGCUUUUUCUCUCGGGGCUUGUGCUGCUGUAGUUGCCGUUUACAAAUGCACCCGUAUUCCGGGACUGGCGGACGAGUCGGACUCCACAUAUAGUACGGCGGACCUUGUUAUAUGGACAAAGUAA